AUGUUUUCAGGAGGUAGUAGUCUUGGCUGCCCAGAAAACUCAGGUGCUGCAGGGACGGUAUAUGAUGCUAUUCCACGAAACUUGAUUGUUAGCAAUCAGAACAAGUCAACAGAUACAGACACAUUACUUAUGGAAUUUCCAAAUCAGCCACUUAUGACAAAUGUUUAUAUUCAAAAUCAGGCCAAAGCUGCUGUUCCCUUACUUUGGAGUCGGCUCCAGGUCCAAGGACAAAUUAGUCUCUUGAGUGGUGGAGAGUUGAGCUUUGGGCUAGCACAUUAUGCCUUGUCAGAAUUUGAGUUAUUGGCCGAAGAGCUUUUAAUGAGUGAUUCUGUACUUAAGGUUUAUGGGGCUCUUCGCAUGUCUGUCAAAAUUUUUUUGAUGUGGAAUUCAAAAAUGAUUAUAGAUGGUGGUGGAGAUCAAAAUGUUGAGAUAUCCUUGCUUGAGGCUAGUAAUCUGAUUGUGCUCAAGGAGUCAUCUAUCAUACAAUCUAAUGCAAAUCUGGGAGUUUAUGGACAAGGGUUAUUAAAUUUGUCAGGACCAGGAGAUAGUAUUGAAGCACAACGUCUGGUUCUGUCGCUGUUUUAUAGUAUCCAUGUUGGACCUGGAUCAGUCUUGCGUGGUCCCUUGGAAAAUGCUUCUGCUGAUGCAGUGACACCGAAGUUGAAUUGUGAACGUCAGGAUUGUCCCAUCGAACUGCUUCAUCCCCCCGAAGAUUGCAAUGUGAACACUUCACUGUCCUUCACUCUACAGAUCUGCCGAGUUGAAGAUAUCCUUGUUGAAGGACUUAUAGAAGGAUCCGUUAUUCAUUUCCAUAGGGCGAGGACUAUAUCUGUGCCGUCUUCUGGAACAAUUAGCACUUCAGGGAUGGGCUGCACUGGAGGUGUGGGUCAAGGAAAAAUUCUAAGCGAUGGUCCUGGUAGUGGUGGUGGGCAUGGCGGUAAAGGUGGAAUUGCUUGUUAUAAUGGCAGCUGCAUCGAGGGUGGUAUAUCAUAUGGUGAUUCGGAUUUGCCUUGUGAACUGGGUAGUGGAAGUGGAAAUGACAGUUUGGCUAGUUCAUCUACUGGUGGUGGUAUUUUAGUAAUGGGUUCACAGAUGCAUCCCCUGUCAAGUUUAUUUGUUGAAGGUUCAGUUAGAGCUGAUGGAGAAAAUUCCCAGAAGAAUGAUUAUGGAAUUGUGGAUGAUCAGAACGGAGGUCCUGGAGGCGGAUCUGGUGGAACUAUUCUUUUGUUUUUGAGUGCUCUGGUUCUUGGUGAGACUGGCCUUCUUUCCAGUGCUGGUGGUCUUGGUUGUUCCAAUGGUUGUGGUGGAGGAGGUGGUGGAAGGAUUCACUUUCAUUGGUCAGACAUUCCCACCGGAGACGUAUACCAGCCAAUAGCUAGUGUGAAUGGAAGCAUAAAUACUGGGGGUGGACUGGGUGGAAACCCUGGUGAAGCUGGGGAAAAAGGGACAGUGACGGGAAGAGCUUGCCCAAAAGGCCUUUAUGGAACCUUCUGUGAGGAAUGUCCAACUGGCACCUAUAAAAAUGUCACGGGAUCUGAUAUAGCCCUUUGUUUUCCAUGCCCAGUUGAUGAGCUUCCCCAACGUGGCAUUUACAUUGCCGUCCGAGGUGGUAUUACUGAAGCACCUUGUCCUUACAAAUGCAUUUCGGAUAGUUAUCACAUGCCACAUUGCUAUACAGCUCUCGAGGAGUUGAUAUACACAUUUGGUGGGCCUUGGUUGUUUGGUCUUCUUCUUUUGGGUCUCCUCAUCUUGUUAGCUUUGGUGCUUAGUGUUGCACGAAUGAAGUUUGUUGGCGUCGAUGAAUCACCGGGCCCUGCUCCCACACAGCACAGCUCUCAAAUUGCUCACUCAUUUCCUUUCCUGGAAUCACUGAAUGAGGUUUUAGAAACAAACAGAGUUGAAGAAUCACAGAGUCACGUACAUAGAAUGUAUUUUAUGGGUUCAAAUACAUUCAGAGAACCUUGGCAUCUUCCUCAUACACCUCCAGAACAAGUAAAGGGGAUUGUAUAUGAGGGCGCAUUCAAUAGAUUUGUGGAUGAGAUUAAUGCUAUAGCCGCCUUCCAGUGGUGGGAGGGAUCAGUGUUCAGCAUUCUAUGUGUUCUUACAUAUCCUCUUGCAUGGUCAUGGCAACAAUGGCGUCGGAGAAUGAAGUUACAGCGACUUCGUGAAUUUGUCAGGUCAGAGUAUGAUCAUGCUUGCUUACGGUCUUGUCGCUCACGUGCUCUGUAUGAAGGGCUGAAGGUAGCUGCAACAUCUGAUCUAAUGUUGGCAUAUGUGGACUUUUUUCUUGGCGGGGAUGAAAAGAGAUCUGAUCUUCCUCCUCGUCUUCAUGAAAGAUUUCCGAUGUCUUUAUUGUUUGGAGGUGAUGGAACUUACAUGUCUCCUUUUUCUCUUCACAAUGACAAUAUUAUCACGAGUCUUAUGAGUCAGUCUGUCCCACCUACAACCUGGUAUCGGUUUGUGGCUGGUUUGAACGCACAAUUGCGCUUGGUAUGCCGGGGUUGUCUCAGAGCCAUGUUUCGCCCUGUCCUUAGAUGGCUUGAAACUUUUGCCAAUCCUGCUUUGAGGAUCUAUGGAGUACAUGUUGAUCUAGCCUGGUUUCAAGCUACAGCUGGUGGUUAUUGUCAAUAUGGACUCUUGGUAUAUGCUAUUGAAGAAGAAAGUGAGAGUAUAUUGUUCGAAAAUACUGAUGGAAUGACUCGAAGUGAGCUACAUUCACGGUAAUUAUCUGUCUAUAUGUAUUCUCACAGGUGGAAAACUUGAAUUAACUUAUGUGCACACACAUGCAUACGUGGUAAAUAGGUGUCCACUGAAGCAUCCUUAAUAAUAAGAAAAAUAAAACAUUAUGUUUUUGUUCCAUGCUUUGUUGGUCUGUUGAUUGGAUCUAAAUAAGACAGGUUAUU